UUUGGAGAGAUAAAGACGAAAUCUGUUUGGAACCUGCUUGGCAUUUGUGUCUUUCUUCCCCGACUCUGCUGGUUAGAGUUCAAGAAUCUGUGACAAAUGGUGGCCCGUACGGGGACGAAAAGAAGAAAAGGCAUCUAGUGCUGCAUGUGAAGAACUUUUCUCCAGGAGCAGCUAAUGAAAAAGAAAAAGAAAGAGAAGAAGAAAAGAAGAGAAGGCAAAAAGAAGCGAUGACAGAAUACAAGCUUGUGGUGGUGGGCACUGGAGCUGUGGGCCAGAGUGCCCUGACCAUCCAGCUGAUCCGGAACUACUUUGUGGAAGAGUAUGAUCCCACCGUAGAGGACUCCUACCGAAAACAGGUGGUCCUUGAUAGGGAGACAUGUCUACUGGACAUCUUAGACACAUCAGGUCAAGAAGAGUAUAGCGCCAUGCGGUACCAGUACCUGGGCACAGGAGAGGGCUUCCUCUGUGUAUUUGCCAUCAAAGACACCAAGUCCUUCGAACACAUCCAUCAGUACAGGGAGCAGAUCAAGCGGGUGAGAGAUUCAGAUGAUGUGCCAAUGGUGCUGGUGGGCAACAAGUGUGACCUGGCCACUCGCAGUGUUGAGUCUCGGCAGGCCCAGGACCUUGCUCACAGCUAUGGCAUCCCCUACAUUGAAACAUCAGCCAAGACUUGGCAAGGUGUGGAGGAUGCCUUCUUUACACUAGUCCAUGAGAUUCGUCAGCAAAAACUACGGAGACUAAACCCGCCUAAUGAGAGUGGUCCUGGCUGCAAGUGUGUGCCGUCCUGACACGAGGCUCAGGACAUGGAGGUGCCGGAUGCAGGGAGGAGGUGCUGACAGAAAGAAGAAGAAAGAAGAAAAGAAAGAAAAAGCAGAAAUGCUCUUCG